AUGGUUGCACCGGUGUCGGAGCAAUGCCGGUCCUGCAUCAAGGACCUAAAGACCAUCAUCUCAACACUAUCCAACCCUAGCAAACAGAAGGGCCGAGUCCACCACGAGCAGGUGAACGACGAGUUGGAGAGGUUCAGUUUGUGGAUUGGCAACAUCGGAGCCAUACAUCCCCCAGAGUCUCCCAUGUCUCUCGAGUCGCGUCUUUGUGAAGCCAACGAUGUUUUGACUCAUAUUAUAGAUUUGCUGAAUGAUCUCAACGAGAUUACCGGAGAACUCUUGGGAAUUAUCUCUGGAGUGCGCGAGGGGGCGAUGGUCUCUACACCUCGUGACGACGGCGAGGAUGGAGACCAAAACGAAGAAACAGAACUUCUGGAGGAAUUCGGGGCCUGCAUCACACGUCUCUUUAGAGUAUCAAGCCUCAUUCGCCAGGCUGCACCGAGGAAUCUCUUUGCUAAAGCCCUCAGCCGGAAUCGAUAUCGAUUCAAUGAUCAGUACGACAUCGCUCAUGUGCGUGAAAAAUUCCCGAAGCUUGCAACAGAAGAAUUUGCGUGGCUCCAGAGGCGGCUCGGUCGAGCCAUCACGCAACGCCGACACUAUCUAAGCUACAUCCAAGAUCAUCGCGAGAAACUUGAGGGCAUACUCAUCCAAGAGGAGACUCGGACACCUGAACCUGUAGCACUCGAAUCGCAUGCUCCAAGCAGGCAGCUUCCCGAGUCUUCUAGCCGGCCUUCCACGUUUUUCACGAAGGCUUCGAGUCUCACGCCAAGCCAAAUUGCACCUCAGAUGCUCACUACGGAAGAAGAAUCAGAUUCUGAGAGCGAUGCAAGGUCAUACACGACCAUAUCUCGUUCUGUUAAUGGCGACCUUGACUCCUCAGCCACUGUUAAGAUUCCAAAGCUUGAUGAGCUGCGAAUAGGGUCUAAGAAAGAAGUGGAAUGCCCAUUCUGCUUUCGAAUCAGGAAGUUCAAGAACGAACAAGUAUGGCGACGACAUGUUUUCUCUGAUCUCCGCUCCUACGUAUGCACAUUCCCUGACUGCAAUACCGCGUACUUCGGCGAUAUUAACGAGUGGUUUCGUCACGAGAUGCAGAACCACCGCAUCAGCUAUACCUGCCAGCUCUGCCAGAACAGGACUUUUCAGCUCAGAGAGCGUUAUCUUGCCCAUGUUCGGGACCAACAUUCCAACAUGCUGGAAGGUGGGGAAGAGCAACUCGUUCUUGAUAUUGCCAAAAAGCCGCUCAAGCAGAUAGCUCCUCAGGAAUGCCCAUUCUGCUCAGAUUGGGUCGACCGUCUCAAGGAGCGAGCAGUGGUCACUGGUAUGCCUUCUGACGCAGCUGACCACAUCCUCAACGUUGACCCAACCGUAUUCAAACGCCAUCUUUCUUCUCAUUUGGAGCAGUUGGCGUUGUUUGCCAUUCCUUUUGACUCAGCUACUAAGGAUGAGAUCAAUUCAAAUGCCGCCAUCGAAGCGAAU